AUGCUUCAGAAGUACACAAAAUUCACGUGGUGGCUAGAGGUCCCGAAGUGGAUGACCACCUGCCAGGCCGAUACCGACCAAGUCAUAAUAGCAGAGAGAGAUGAGAGCGUUUGGGGGAGGUUAAGCCAGCAGGUACGCCGUCACUUAACACUAAUCAAAACAGAUUACGAACAACCAGUUCCCAAUGACGUAUCUGCAAAGCCCUCUACCAUAUAUGGCAUUCUCGGGACAAUACGAUUGUUAUCCGGACGUUAUCUUCUCACUGUUGACAAACGAGAAUUAGUUGGAAAACUCUUUGGCCAUAAGAUUUAUAGGGCUCUCGAAUGUUCUGUGCACCCAUUUGCAAAAUCAACCUCUAAUCUCAACGAGGAAGAGAUGGAAAUUGAAACCACCUACGUCGAAAUGCUAAAACAUGUACUUGGAAUCGAGGGAUUCUACUUUUCCCACACCUACGACCUAACUCUCACGCAACAACGCUUAUCAGAACUCGGUCCAGAUGCAAAACGACAAAAUCUUUUUGAAAGGGCAGAAAGGCGAUUCGUUUGGAAUGGCUUCCUUCUUGAUGAUUGGUGUGGCCUUGUGUCCGCGGCGUUAAACGCACCACCCGUUUAUGCAUGGCCCAAACUCGGGAGCUUCAUUACCCCCGUAAUCUUCGGUUUCGUGGAAAUUUUACAGCCCACAACACCUAGUACUGCAUAUGCACCCGAGGAUAAGCCCUGCUAUGCACUGAUUUCACGCCGGUCAGUUUUCCGUGCAGGAACACGCUUCUAUGCUCGUGGAGUGGACAAGGACGCGAAUGCGGCCAAUACAGUAGAAACAGAGCAGAUUGUAUACAUUCCAACUGGCAACUUCUUCUCAUUUGUACAGGUUCGUGUUGCUUCUACUCUUUGCAACAGCACAGUUAAUUUGCCGGCCAUGUGCACCGUGUACCGUGGUGGACGCAGGAUUCGAGGAUCAGUGCCACUCUUCUGGAGUCAACAACCUAACCUCAAGUAUAAGCCCCCGGUGAAAAUGGGUCACGGUAAAAAUGAGCCUGCUAACCUGGCAGAGGUGCAGAACGGCAAGGAGGAAAAGGACGAACUGCUUGGCCAGGUGCAGGUAGCUCCCGAGCAAGUAGCGAUCCUAAAACAGCACUUCCAUGAGGUCUGCUUUACGCAACGCUACGGGCGUACGGUAGCAAUUAAUUUGCUCGACGAGAAGGGUAUGGAAAGACGCCUUUGUCGUUCCUAUGCCCUUGCAUCGCAGUCUGUGGAUCAGGCUGAGCUCAAAUAUGAAUCUUUUGACUUUCAUCGGGAGUGUUCUGCCCUUAAAUGGCAUCGUCUGAGCAUCCUCCUUGACCGACUAGAGCCUGAGAUCGUCGCGAUGCGGUUAGUUCUCUUUCUCUUUUGUCCCUUAUCCCAGUGUUUCGUUCUUGCUAUCUACCCACGUGCGCUGUAA